GGGCAGACUGGGGGCGGGGCGAGUGCCGGGCCCAGUAGGAAGGGUGGGGACCCGGAUGUCUGUGGUGGAGGCCUGUAGCCGAGCAGCGGCGAGGGUCUGGCAGGCCCAUGGAGGAGGAGGACGGGGCUGCCGGGGCUGGCUCACUUGAACAAGAUGGAUGACCUCAACCUGCACUACCGGUUCUUGAAUUGGCGGCGACGAAUUAGAGAGAUCCGAGAGGUUCGGGCUGUCCGCUACCAGGAGAGAUUCAAACACAUUUUGGUAGAGGGAGACACAUUGAGUUACCAUGGCAAUUCUGGUGAAGUUGGCUGCUAUGUGGCUCCCCGGCCUCUGACCAAGGACAGCAAUUACUUUGAGGUGUCAAUUGUAGACAGUGGGGUGCGGGGCACCAUUGCUGUGGGGCUGGUCCCUCAAUACUACAGCCUGGACCACCAGCCUGGCUGGCUGCCCGACUCAGUUGCCUACCAUGCUGAUGACGGCAAACUGUAUAGUGGCCGAGCCAAAGGCCGCCAGUUUGGGACGAAAUGUAGCUCUGGGGACCGGAUUGGCUGUGGCAUCGAGCCCGUCUCCUUUGAUGUGCAGACAGCUCAGAUCUUCUUUACUAAGAAUGGGAAGCGGGUGGGCUCUACCAUUAUGCCUGUGUCCCCAGAUGGGCUUUUCCCUGCAGUGGGCAUGCAUUCACUGGGAGAAGAAGUGCGGCUACACCUGAAUGCUGAGCUGGGCAGUGAGGAGGAUGACAGUGUGAUGAUGGUGGACAGCUAUGAGGAUGAAUGGGGAAGGCUGCAUGAUGUCAAAGUGUGUGGGACGCUGCUGGAGUAUGUGGGGAAGGGCAAGAGCAUCAUUGAUGUGGGGCUGGCCCAAGCCCGCCACCCGCUCAGCACUAGAAGCCACUACUUUGAGGUGGAGAUUGUAGAUCCUGGGGAAAAGUGCUACAUUGCCUUGGGGCUGGCAAGAAAGGAUUAUCCCAAGAAUAGGCAUCCUGGCUGGAGUAGAGGUUCCGUGGCAUAUCAUGCAGACGACGGGAAGAUCUUCCAUGGCAGUGGUGUGGGGGACCCUUUUGGACCACGAUGUUAUAAAGGAGACAUCAUGGGCUGUGGUAUCAUGUUUCCCCGAGAUUACAUUCUGGAUAGUGAAGGAGACAGUGAUGACAGCUGUGACACGGUGAUCCUGUCUCCUACCCCUCGAGCUGUCCGGAAUGUCAUGUACCUACACCAGGAAGGAGAGGAGGAGGAGGAAGAGGAAGAGGAGGAAGAAGAGGAAGAAGAUGGGGAAGACAUGGAGCAGGAGCAUGAGGGCAAAAAGGUGGUGGUGUUCUUCACUCGAAAUGGCAAGAUCAUCGGCAAGAAGGAUGCUCUUGUGCCCCCGGGAGGCUUCUUCCCCACCAUUGGCAUGCUGAGCAGUGGGGAGAAGGUCAAAGUGGACCUGCAUCCUCUGAGUGGCUAGGGCUUCUGCAGCACUCGCAGGACCAUCCACCCAGCUCCCGGGCUCUCCUUCCUGCCUUCUUCCUUCCCCCGGCCCCUGCCCUCCUCCUCCAGGGUUCGAGGAGGGCUUCGUUCUGUCUCUUGCCCUGGCUGGGCCCAGCACCAGGCCAAGCACCUGCUGGCCCGGGCGAUUCUCAGUGUCUGCCUCUGUGGUCCCGGGGUCACCUUCAUCAUCAUUCCUUAGGGCCAAGGCCCUGAUACAAGAGCAAUGUACCAACAGGGCCAUGCUGCCCUUGGUUUGUUGCCAAUGUCUCUAAGGCCAAUCUCCGUUCCCAGGCCCCUGGCUUCCAGGUCAAAGAAGGAGGAGUGUCAGUUGAUGGCUGAAUUGGGCCAGGUUUGUGCCUGAGGAUAAGGCUACAGUAUCCUUCCCUUGACCCCGAGUCCGAGCCCAGGGCUGGACAGUGCUCAGAGCAUCCAGCCGUCUUUGCGGUGCAGGCAGUUCUCAGAGGUGGCGCUGGAGGACGGGGCCACCAUGGCGGUCUCGCCCCAGGAUCUCUGCUUCCUUCCAUCUCUCUGUCUCCUGAAUGUCUGUGAUAUUUGCUGCUUUGGUCUGUCCCUCCCCCCUCCCCUGCCGGCAGGGCUUGGGGUGAGGCUUUUUGCUUGUGCUGACCCAACAUUGCCCUGAGCAGUCUAGGCACAGUCUCUGUUCCUUCUUCUGAGGUCCGGAAGACACCCUCAUAUUGUACCAUUGACCCAUGGAGAAACUCCUGCCUUUCUCCAGCCCCCCAAACAGCCCGGUGCCAAGUGUGUGGGGAAGAUGCGGCUCCUCUGGCUCGGGUCAGAGAUCUCCUCACUUCUGUGAUGCUAGCCCUGCCUGCUUGGCUUUCCCAGCCCAGUCUCUCCUGGAACAGGUCAGGGGCGGGGGGGGGACGCCGUGACCCCAGAGCCCUGUGACUGGACUUCCUGCAGUGGGACUGCUCUAGGCCCUCCCUUCCUCCCUCCCUCCCUCCUUUCCCCUGUGUUGCCCUCCCAUUUCUCCUCUUAGGGGAGUGGGAUGUCUGCUUGCUGCUUGUUCCAGUUGCCUGGUUUGCAUCAGUGUUUGAUUCCAGCUCUUCUGCUCUCUCCUCCUCCCACUGUGGGCUCUCACAUUCCCCCUUCCCCUCUCUGUGACAGGGGACAGGAGCUCCUUGCCCUGGUUGGCACAGAAGGAAUGGGGCCUUUAGGGAAGGAAGGGGCUGAGCUGCUGUGCUGCUGGGGGACCUAGACCUCUGGCCUCCCCCCACCCCUCCUUCCCUGCACUAUGAUGUAUGAAACGUAUGUACAGACCAGAGAUGUUUAUAUGGCCAAUAAAGAUGUGCUUUCCAUAUUUAUCAUA